AUGGUAGGUAGUGAGAUAAGAAUCAAUGAUAUAGAAGGAAAGGCUCUAUUUAACAUCCAUCAUUUAAUACUGUGUAACGAAAAUGGAGAUUUUGAUCAUGAUAGUAUACGAUGCAUUUCCACCUAUACGAAUAACUUGUACGUUGGUACUCUGAAAGGAAGAAUGCUACAUUACCAUAAGUUUGAAGAUGCUCCAGACUACAUGCUAAUUUCUCAAUUGAAAUUGUCGGAUGAGCUGCUACCAGUUAAAAAGAUCCUUAUUAUGAACGGUAUUCUGAAAGCUCUAGUAAUAGUAGGUACUAUAUGCGUGGUGUACAACCUUCCAGAACUUAGUGCUUGUCAGAUAGGCAAGUUAAAGGAUGUUAAUGACGUACUGCUUCUUGCUUAUUCGCAACGAGUCACAUUACAGAAACAAGAGGCCCCACUCGAUGAUAAAGUUAUUCUAUUAAGUUCGAAUAAGAUAAGGAUAAUACAAAUCAGAACAGAUCUGAUAAAACUAUUGAAAGAUAUAAAUUACUCAAAAGGUAUUAAGGGAGUCUCGGCUGCUUCAUCUUCUUCGAUAAAUUACAGUAACCUUGGUUUAGUCGCAAACGAGGCUAGCUACGAUCUAAUUGAUUUAAAACAGACCAAGAAGAUUCCUCUUUUUGAUUACAACCCUUCCAAUUUACCAAAAAGUGAUGUACCUCCUCAAAUCAUUCCAUUUAUUGCUCAGGAUAAGGAUGGGGACGAAGAAUAUCUUGUAACAAUUCGUUCGGACGAAAGUACUACGAUAUGUAUGUUUUUUAAUUCUGCUGGCGAUGUCACUAGAGGUACUCUUUCCUUUCUCAAUGAAGGAUACCCAAAAAGUGGAUUAUUAGUGAAAUGGCCCUUUGUUUUUGGAGCGUUCGAGAAGAAUACCGAGACUAGAUUAUUGGUAAGCUCAUUAAUACACCUAAAUACAGUGUUCAACGAAUCUAUAACUCCCUUAAUUAUGGGAACAGAUGAUAUUGACAUAGAACAAGCAAGGACAUCAGUCACCUCAGAAGACGAGAGUGUAAAGCAAGAAGUAGAGCCAGCCUCAGGAGAUGAUAGUGUAAAGCAAGAAGUAGAGCCAGCCUUAGAAGAUGAUAGUGGAAAGCAAGAAGUAGAGCCAGCUUUAGAAGAAGAUAGUGGAAAACAAGAAGUAGAACCAAUAUCACAGGAAACUAACACACAAUUAGCUUCAGCUUUUUAUAAUCUUUGUGAUGUUCCCACGAUAGAAUUAGAUGAUGCCGAAAUGGGUGAAUUGCUCUCCAAAAUACGUGUCAGAGACCAUGAAACGAAUCCACUAGCUGCAAGAAUUUUCCUUGAUGGAACAUUUCUUAUUUUUUCUGAGUCAGAUAUAUGGUUAGUCUUCAAAAAAAAUGAAGUAAUCUUAACUUGUAGCGAAGUGAAGAAGUACUUUGAAGGUGAAAGUGCAAACAGCCCGAAGGGCGAUAUAAAGAGCUUGCUUAAAUCAUGCAAAGAUGACGUACAAUUAUUUUUGAAAAUGCUUUUAGUUUUCGUUUUGAUUUUCGAAGAAAAUUUUGCAGAAUGCCUCUCAGAAAUUACAGAAUCUUCGGAUGAUAUAUUGCUCAUUGAUCCUAGAAUGAUAUUAUUCCUAUUUAUUCCCUUCGAUCCAAUAGAUCAACUUUGGAACUCUUUUAAUUUCUAUGUGGGCCUCAAAGAAUUUAUUGAGCCCGUGAGAGGUAAAUUUACCAAGGAACUUGGCUUGAAAUAUCUUAUUAAGGUUUAUAAAUACUUGCCAAAAGAUGAUGAAUCUUUGAUAGCCACAAGUCGUGCAUUCAUCUAUGGGAACGCUACGGCGGAAGUUCUUGAUAAAUUUGUGUCAGAAGAAGAUGAAAACUCGUGGAGAUCGCUAGACAGUGAUGAUCAUUUGAUUUUGAAAAACUUGGAGCAAUCAAAAAAAGAUGACGUCUUAUUUAUCUUGUACAAGGUAAUAAUCGAGUUCAAUAAAGACGAUAAUGAAAUAUCAGAGAAGCUUUGCGAACUCUGCUUAAGGAAUUUGAGCCAUCCCUCGAAUAAUAGAUCAGUAGAGAAUCCUAAAUUUUUUGAUACAGUUUUUAGAGUACUUAAGUCUUUAACUGAUGAAAAGAUAUAUGGUAAAUACUUACUUGAGUUACUAAAAAUCAACCCAGAUAAGGGAGUACAAUUCAUGAAGGAGAACAAGAAUGAAAAAUUCGCGUCAACACAUAACCAUAUUUUGGAAGAAAUCUCUAGUUCAAACGGAUCGGAUUUUUCUAUGUUGAAGAUUGAGAUCUUGGAAUCUGCCUUAAUGGAUGAUAGUGGAAAUUUAAAAUUUAUUGAUGAUCUUUUGUUUGAGCUACUUAAGACAUUAAAAACAAGGUCUUCGUCAGAAGAAACUAAAAAUAAUUUUGAAAUAUUGCAAAGCACUUAUAAGAUAGAGAACUCUUUGAGUGAUGAUAUAUGGCCAAAGAUUAGCUGGAGUGACUACAUUAAUAUUCAUAUGAAACAAAGCGAGUGCGAAGGUUUUUUGGAGUUAUAUGUGAAGGUUUACGAGUUGUUUCUAAUACGCCUGAACGUAACCAAAUCUUCCUUUGAAAAGUUUGAAGAUUUAAUUGGUGAUAAUCCAAUGCUCUCUUAUUUUAAACUUCUCAUAGAAAAGAGAAACCCCAUUCCCACACUUCUUAGCAUUUCGGAUUUUUCUUCAGCGGAAUACUUUGCAAUAUAUGGGGAAUUUAGGUAUUCCAGAAAGCACUAUUACAAGGAAGCUGAAUCGAAACCUGAUAAAUUAGAGUUGAAUGAUAUUCAGGCCAACUUACGAAUAAUUUUGAAUUUCUACCUAGAGGAUAGGGACGAUAAAUCCCAGACGUUUUUAGCAUUGAAGCAUUUUACAACAAAUUAUGGCAUUACAUUUUUCAACAUAAAGGAUAUAUUGAUUUCAAUUCCGGAUUAUAUUCCUUUGAUAUAUAUUCAGGAAUACUUAAUGGAGGCACUUGUUGAACUAGGAAUAGAACAUCGAGAAAUGAUGGCUAAGAAAAUGAUAAGCAAAGCGGAAAAGACUUUCACAGCGGACAUCUAUAGAGAUUUGUCUCAGUGA